UCGCCCACCUCCGUUCCCUAUAUAACUAUCCCAACCUUGCGAUUUUGCGAGCCGCACUACGGUGUAAAGAAAGGAGUUGGGCUAAGCUUCUAAACUUUGAGCCGACCUACCGGUAUAGCGGUCGCCGAAAAGCAAGGGUAACCGACGUUCUUCUCGAAGACGCUCCGGAGCCGGACCCAAACUUGCCACAAAUAAGAUUAAUUCCUUUAACUGCUGAAGAGGAAAUGGCCAAAAAGAACAGACUAAGGGCACUUCUGACUGAGACAAGCAGGCCCGAAGUACCGUCACCCAGCCAAGCACCGCCUGCCGUUGUGGCCCUCCCCUCUCAACAGCCGUCUUCAUCGCACCGAACCAAGCGCGCACGAACCAUCGAGUCUGAACCAAGUCUGGUUGACGAAGAUGAGACUGCUGUUUCACCGGUCCUGCCGCCGAGCCCCCAACCGGAGCCCAACGACCGAACUACCACCAGUUGGGCACCAAAACUUACAUUCAACAACCGAGAUGUCUCAGAUGCUGAUUCGGUUGUCGCCGAAAAAGAUCACCUGUUGGCCUUUAGUCUGGCCAAGAGUGUGUGCCUCCCCAAGGAUAUGGAGCACCACAAAAAGCAGCUAAACACCGAAUUAAAGUCCAUUCGGUCUGCAACGAAGUCCAUGAUCCUGGCAAUUCAAAAAAACUACAACACUCACAAGAAAGUGCUGGAACUUAGACAAACUACGAGGGACGCAGUGGCCGAAGCCGAACUGAAGUCGGCCGAGGUAGAAAACAUCAAGAAGCAAAUGGCCGAGCUGCAGGCUGAGAACAGCAGGCUGACCGGACUAGUUAGCUCAGCAGAGGCAGAAAGGCAGAAGACUGCCAUAGCUCUGAAGGACAAAUACCUGCGCGAGCUGGUGAAGCUUGAAAGAAAGAAAGAUGCCGAAAUAAAGGAGAGCGUAAAGGAAGCCGGCAAACAAGGUUUCAAGAAGGCCGAAGAUGCUUAUGCCAAGCAAUGUGAGGCCGCCAAAGAUCUGUUCUUUAAGUGCGGCUGGAGGGGGGCCGUUGAGCAGCUCGGUCAUGAUCCCCAGACCGAGAUUUUCAACCCUCCAGCCUACUUCAUACCGAACUCCCUCUUGGAGUAUGCGAAUGCCAAGCAACAGGAGUUUCUUGAAGGCUCAGAUUCUGAUGAAGAUUCUGCCUCUGAGGAUACUCCAGUUGUCAACAUCGAUGAGGUGGUUCGGUCGGAGCCCAUGGUGGAGGAUCUAACAAAUGAACAACUAGCUGAAACCGUGGUUCCGACCGUAACGACCCUCGCUGCCAAUACGGAGCUUCGGCCUGAAACCGGUCUUCUUGCUGAUGCUGAUGCCGCAUUUGAUGUCGAAAUUGAAGAUCUUUUCUCUUGA